UAUCAUAAGCAAAUUUUAUUCCAGUGGCACGGGGGGUUGUAAAAUCAUAUGAUCUCAACAAAAAGAUACCGACCAUGGCUGCCAAGUGUUGUCCAAAAUGUAAAAUUGGCCCUUCAAUACUCAAUGCUGAUCUCUCGAGCCUAGCGGAUGAGUGUCAAAAGCUUAUCGAUUGUGGUGCCGACUACUUGCAUUUGGAUGUAAUGGAUGGUCAUUUUGUUCCUAAUCUGACUUUUGGCGCACCAUUGGUUAAAUGUUUGAGAAAGAAAAUUCCAAAUGCUUUCUUUGAUAUGCAUAUGAUGGUGGCAAAACCAGAGCAAUGGGUAAAUGAUAUGGCAGAUGCUGGGGCUGAUCAAUACACAUUUCAUCUUGAAGCAACAGAUGAACCUUUAGAGUUGAUUCAAACGAUAAAGGAUGCAGGAAUGAAAGUUGGUAUUGGGAUAAAGCCUGGCACACCUGUUAAGGAUGUAUUACCAUUUGUUGAAGUUGUUGAUAUGGUUUUAAUUAUGACUGUUGAACCUGGUUUUGGCGGACAAAAAUUUAUGGCAGAUAUGAUGCCUAAAGUGAAACAUUUAAGAAAUACGUACAAAUCAUUAGAUAUAGAAGUGGACGGCGGUGUUGGCGCAAGUACUAUUGAUACUGCAGCUGAGGCGGGUGCAAACAUGAUUGUCUCUGGCAGUGCAAUCAUUUCCAACAAGGAACCACAACAAAUUAUAUCCACUCUUAAGAAAAGUGUUAAUAAAUGGAUUAACAUAAAUUGGUCCAAAACGUAAUAACGGAUAAUCGAGACGUCGUUAGCAACAUUUGUAAAAACUGCCUACAGGCCAUUGACAUUGGAAAACUAAAUAGUUGCAUAUUCUUUUAAUUGCUAUAUAGUUACCAUUUACAAAAAACACAAGACACACGAGUAAAAUGAGUGUCACAAUAAUACAUAUAGUUGAUCAUUAUAUAUAUGA